UCAAUGGCGGGGAGCUUAACCCAACCCUACCUUGACAUCUGGAAUCUGGAGCGCUGAACCACUGACAACAACCCGCGCCGAUAUCGAGCUGUUUUAACACGACCUUCCUUUCAGCUACAACUUGUCCGCAGUUUGCUGGCCUUUGACGCCAAUCGAGACACCCAUACAAGAGCGAGAUUGGGGAGACCACAGCUAGGAGGGGUCGUUCGUCCAUCGCCGUCCCCAUCGAAAGCGUCCAUCCCACCAGCACCACGGCCGACCGACUGUCCCAUUAAGAAAGUGCUACAUAUUAAUCCGAUGGAAUCGACACUCGCGACGCUUGUGGCUUUCCCGUCGGCGGGGCAGCUUGGGGAUAAUGAGGAAUACCACAAGGCGGCGCAGGCACACACGAAGACAUUGACGAGGUUGUCGGCCGACUCCAAGUGGGCUUCGGAAGCUCCCCAGCUCAUUGAGCGACUCGAUCCAGCUACCCAUUCUCUAUCCUACCUCUAUGUGCUGCAGACCUUGAAAUCGUCGAAUGGCUACCCUCUCGACGACCUGUUGUUAAAGCUCACCACCUUCCUCGCAUCAUUCGACGCCGGCCAGAUUCGAUAUGCUGGGCAUGCGUUCACAAAGCUGUUAACACAGCCACGGCUGCAGGAUUUGUUUCCUGCUUCCAUUGCGGUCGAGCUCAUCACCACAGCACUUCUCCGCCUCGAUCCCACCGGGUCGGUUCUUACUAGCCACCAUACCUACCUCGUCCGAUUUGCCUACAUGACCAACAACAUCGAGCCUGUGUUGCCCAUCAUCGAGAAGAGCAUCGUGUUCUACCCUGGCAUGAAGGGCUCGACAAGCACUCGAAAUCUUAGCGAUCCCGAUCUUCCUCCCUCGGGUUUUAUUACUGUCGAAAACGACUUCACCAAAUCCUUGGAGAACAAAGACAUCCUCGAGCAUGACCUCCUGCGCGGGCUUUGCUUUAUUCAGAGACGAUCCUGGCAGCAAGCUUUCGAUGCCUUUGAGCGGGUGAUUACCUAUCCAUCCAGAGACAACACCAACGCGAGCAAAAUUCAAGUGGAAGCCUAUAGCAAGUGGGUUUUGGUUGGACUCUUGCUCAACGGGAAGGCACCUGUUCUCCCACCUACCACGCCAAACGGGCCACGAAAAGUCUACGAGGUUACGGGCAAACCAUACUACUCGUUGGCGCAGGCAUUUGAGAAGCGAACAGCGGAAUCUUUCAAGACGGAAUGCGAAGGGCUGUCUCAGGGUUUCUGGGACGAGGAGAAGAAUGUUUCUCUUCUGAAGCUGGUGAUUGAGCACUAUCAGAAGUGGCAGAUUUUGAAUUUGAGACAUGUCUACUCCAGAAUCUCUCUCGAGCAAAUACGGACUCGAACACAAUCCGCCGAGACGGCUGCGCCCUUGGCAUCGGUGCAGGAGAUCGAGGCGUUGGUCCAGGGAAUGAUUGACGAGGGCCUCCUGCAAGGGGAGGUGGUGCACCCAGAGAAUGGCCUGGCGUAUUUGGCGUUUAGCUCUACGGCGGAUGACUUGAGCGAGGAAGAGUUCACGAGGAGGAUGGUGGCGACUGCGCAGAGGAUCAAGGCGCUGGGGCCGGUGGUCAAGGCUACGAAUGAGAGGUUGGCAAGUAACAAGGAUUACCUAAAAUGGUUGGCGCAGCAGAAGAAGCAUGAGCAGCAAGGGCAGAGUCAGGGUGGGCCGGUGGAUGUGACGGGGUUUGGGGAUGUGGUGGAGGAUGAGGAUUUGAUGACGGGGAUUGUGGCCGGCUAGAAGCCUGGUGAAAUGAUUUUGGAGGGAGAUGAAGCAUAGUUUUUGAGCAAUGGCGUUGGAGAGGGUAUGUGUAGGCUGCUUUAGAAGACAGCUGGUUAUGGGUAAGGUUUGAGGAUAGCAAUAGUAAGAGAUUAUGGACUCUAUUUUCAAGUGGAAUUAUGCUGCUAAUUGUGAAUUUGAACGGAAACAUUGUGAUUAGUGAAG